AUGAAAUUAAAAAAAACGAAUCGGGUAAUAAAAAAUAUUUUAUUUAUACAUAGCAUGAAAAACAGUAUGAUCAUAAAACUGUUAAUAAUGAUGUACACAGUGUGUGCAAGACUUGAACUGAGUGAUAUAAAGACAAUAGGAGAUUCAGUAGUUAUUGAAGAAGAUAGCUUGUUAAUACAUCCAGACGGACCAUUAAAUCCGCUCAGAGGAUAUAUCAUGCACAAGAGCGGAUGUAUGUACAACAAACGAUUAUAUGCGCCAGAAAUAGACACAAUGUAUAAAUUGGAACAAAAAGAUGAAAAUUACGAAACAAUUUAUACUUAUACAAGAGAGCCAGUAAAUGACCUGGCAUAUGAUGAUAUUUGUGUGGACACAAAAAAGAAUGAAUAUCUCACACAGUCCCAUGCACUGCUAGUCAAAAUGUUUCCUUCGACCGACGGGUCAUUUUCUAUUGUAUCAGGAAGACAGGAUUCAAUUUAUUCAUUUCUUAUAAAAGAUAGAGUAAAGCCAGAGUGCAUGCACAUUAUGGCAGUCCUUUUCCUUCUGUCUGAGCAGGUGGAUGUUCCUUUUACUAUAGAAACAAAGAAAAAAGAGAAAAAACUUGUUCUAAAAAGUGCAGAUGGAACAACUGCAUACAUUAACCAGCCAAGAACAAACGAAAAUUUACUGAGUCUUAUUGAAUUCCUUAAAAAGUAUAUAAACAAUAACAGUGCAAAUCCAAGUGCAAUGGAAGGACUGCCCACUGAGCCAACUACGUAUGAGCAGUUCAUGACAGGAGAAUUUUUGAACACGUCCCAGUUCCUUAUUCAGUCGUACAUAUACGAGUUUAUUGACACAAAAGAAAAGUAUAUUGAGUUUGUAAAUGCUGUAUAUACUCUCUUGAAUGACCAGAUAAAAAAUAAAAAGUCAUACAAAAGAGUACUUAACAAGUGCUUUAUACAAGAAAGUGCACGGCAAAGUAAAAUCGACCACACUAAGAUUAUUUGCGAUCUUAAGGAUACAAUAGACAAGUAUAAAAUAUUUCCAUUCAUGGAUUCAUCACAGCUUCCUUCCUAUACUCGGGUUAAAGCAUAUGAUCGGGAAAAGGGCGAGUUCAUAAACAAUGAAAGCAGAAAGUACUCCAAUUGUGUAGAAACGACUCUGAUGGGUCUUUUCUUAUGCUUAGUAUAUGAUCCAAAUAAAAAGAAGUACAAUACAGACCAUCUGCCCGACAAUAAAGAAACUAAGCCACUGAAAGACUUCUUUAAAAAGUACACUGAGCCAAGAGAAGCCACUGACUAUGAAAUGCACGAAGAUUGGUGUAGAGUGAUAGCAGACUUGAAGAAUGACAAGAUUCUUUACUUAAAGGAGAAGACGAAUGAGCUGGACAGCAGUUUGUUGAAUAUUCUCUAUGUUUUAUCGAAUGUAACUGGAAGCAAAGAAGAAGUGGUUAAAGAAAUUGAGCACAUAGAAGAACUUCUUUCUAAUAAGAAGGUUGAUGAUAAGCUUGAUAUAGAAGAAAGCUUGACUACAAUAUUCAAGGAGCUAUCAAAUAACAAGAACCUUGAAGUAGAGUGUGACAAAUUUAUAGUAGGUACACGAGAAGAUAAAAAGAUGGACUUAUUUGGUAAGUUUAAGCUAGUAUAUACUUUCAAUAAGAAAAAAAAUGGAAUAUUAGCAAAGAUAACUCCUGGUCAUUGUACAAUAAGAUUAUUGGAAGACCUAUUGUCUAGUGAAGACAAAAAUAUUAUUAAAGAAAAGCUGACUGAAAUACAGAAUACUUAUAGUAGUAUAGAGAGUUACACAGCAUGCACAAUUAGACAGUGCAUAAACAUAGAACUUGCUAAGAUGGAGCAAAAGUCUGUAUUUAUCCGGAUUAAAGAAAGUAUUAGAAGUAACCAUGUUAAUAUAAAUGAUAUUUUCCUUCACGGGAUGAUUCUAUCUGUUAAACAAAAAGUAAACAUUGUUAAAUACUUCUUGGCCGUGCACGUAAAUAAUACUCUACCAAAAAAUAAUUCACUAGUUCGGUUUACCAAUAAUCUCAUAGGAAGCACUCCAUUGGAUGAUUCAGCAACAAGAAGAAGGAUGCUGUUUUAUUGCUUGCUUAAUAAAGACAGCAAUGACUACUAUCCAAGAAUUGAGAGCUGCUGGGAAGAGGUUACUACAAUCACUCCAUAUAAUUUUGAUGCAAUAAUUAGUGACAUCUUACGUAAUUCAGACUAUUCCAUAGAUGUUAAAUUAGAGUGCAUUAAAAAGUUGAUGAUGGUCGUGGUAAAUAGUGAUGAGAAGUAUGAUAUUAUUUCAAGUUUGUUCUUAAUUAGAGGUAUAGUGAAUUGUUCUAUAAAUAGUAAUGAGCCAACUGAAAUGUUUUUAGAGUUUAUAAAAAUAAUAGAUGAAACAGUUAUUCAGCCAGAUGGAUCAAAUAUGUUUGUUAUUUACUUAAGAUGGAUUGCCAUUAUAGGAUCAAAUGAUUGUUACAGUUUAGAUGAUAGGAAAGAGAUUACAAAGACUCUAAUGGAUCAAAUAGACGUUAAUUAUAGCUUUAAUAGAAACAACAAAUGGGAUUGUAUGUUUCUUAACCAUUCCUAUAUAUUGAAAUAUUUAAAAAAGAAUAAGGAUCUACUGUGCAAUAAAGAAAUCCCUGAAAGUGUUGAGAAGUACAACUGUAUUAUGAACAAAAUAAACAGCGCACUUAACUCAGCAAACGAGGAAUCUUCCAGUGAGUCUUGAAUCCUUCCACACGUAGAAAUGCAUAAGUGAACAUUGGAUUGUUUGUAUAUAAGGUGUAAGAAUAUACUGCUUUUCUUUAUAUACGCAGAUUUAUUGGCAGAGCAU